AGCCAGGCGGCCGCACCCGGAGCACCCAUGCUGCUGACGCUGGCGGGGGGCUCGCUCUUCUUCCCGGGACUUUUCGCGCUCUGCACCUGGGCGCUGCGCCGCUCACGGCCGGAAUGGACCUACUCCGACUGCGUGAUGAUCAGCACCAGGCUGGUUUCUUCAGUGCAGGCUGUGCUGGCCACCGGGUCGGGGAUCAUCAUCGUGCGCUCCUGCAGCGACGUAAUCAACAGCAGUGGCAUGAGCAUGAGGCUCCGGGGAAACCUUGGGGACUUCUUUGUCGGCUGCAUCUUCACAGCAGAACUGAGUACUCCAUUUGUGUCAUUAGGCAGAAUUCUGAUUCAGCUAAAGCAGCAACACACCCUUCUGUACAAGGUGAACGGAAUCCUUACACUGGCCACCUUCCUUUCCUGCCGGAUCCUUCUCUUCCCCUUCAUGUACUGGUCCUAUGGCCAACAGCAGGGACUGAGCCUACUCCAGGUGCCAUUCCAUAUUCCUUUCUUCUGCAAUGUGGCCAAUGCCUUCCUCAUUGCUCCUCAGAUCUACUGGUUCUAUCUGCUGUGCAGGAAGGCAGUCCGGCUCUUUGACACUCCACAAGCCAAAAAGGAUGGUUAAAUGCUCCAGGAGUCAGGCAAUGAAGGUGCCUUCUCUUAUCAGCUGCCACCUCUACUCAGUAUUUCAUGAACCAAAUUGUGCCCUGGGUGGGCUCAGCAUUUUGGAUAUUGACAAGCAGAUGAAUUUGAGUUUUUCUAAAGAAUAUUCAUAUUACCUCCCUCUUCUAACCUGCCCCUUUUGCAAAAGCACUUUCUUCUCAGUAACAACAGUUGGAUCCUGUCAAACCUCUACUGCAGCAAGGUGGUUUUAAUGCAAGCCUGAGAAUCUGCCCUGGGUCUUAUCUCAAGAGCUCUGGGAGGUCGAAGCACAGGAUGUGAAGAUCGGUGGAUCAGGGUGAUGAGUGUCUGGGCACCUGCCUGGCCCUUAAUAUUGGUAGCUACUUACACUCCCAACCACUCAGGGCAGCACCCAUAGUACUGGGCCCGCAAAAGUGAAUGAUGUCUUGGUUCUUGAAAUAAUGUCUUCUUGUGCUAUUGGCCUAGGAAAAUCAUUGUGUUUAGGUAGUUUUUGUUGUUUAUCAGAUAACCCUCUGGUUCUUUGCCUUAUCCUCUCAUCCAUGUCAACACUGACUUCCAGUCAGAAGUCUCACUGCCAGUAGGGUAUGAGGCAUGGAUGGGAACCUGAAGCACUUGAGUAGGUAGGGAGGCCAACAGAGGUCUGCAAGACCUCUGCAGGCUGACUUGGUAAAAAGACCGUCAAAUUCACAAGCUUGUUGAAAAAAGUCACAAAUAGUAGUCCCUUUUUAGCAUGUGCCUUCAUACCCAGCUUUCCCCAUAUCUACCUGUAAAGGGUGUUCUCUCCUAAAAACUAGAGGGGCAAAGUGAAAUGAUGGCUUUGGUAGCUGUUUACUGGGUAAUCCCACUCUUUGACAGUCCUUUUCAUCUGAUAUGAAAAGGGACUUCUAUACUGCAAACCAUGAGAUGUCUCAUCUAGACCACAGAAUACUUUUCCCCGCGCCUCCUGGUGAAACAGAGCUUGUGUCCAAAGCCCAGUCCUGUGUGAGUGUACUGGUAUUUAGCCACAGAAGACUGGAGAGCAAAAGGGCAGCAACCUGGCUGGGGACUGACACCUUCACCCUACUUGCAAAUAGGAUCCUCUGGUGCCAACACUAAUUAUUCCUUAAUGAUGGGUUUCAGAGCCUACUACCAUGUUUUCUUCAAGUGGUAGUAAAAAACUAGAAUUUAAGUGCCUUUUAAUUCAUCCGUGAACUUUUAAAGAACUGAAUGAUUUAUAAUAGUGUCUGAAAUUUUGACUGUUUCCGUCUUUAAUGGAUGCCAUUUAAAAACAUAAAAUGCUGUAAUUUUUUUACUGGUUUGUUUUUACUAUCAGUAUAUCUUUAUAAGUCACCAUUGGUGAUUAAAUUGCACUAAUAUCUCCCAACUUAUCUUCCUUGGUGAAUACAUCAUUACUGAUUUCCUUAAGAAUGAUCUUGUGACCCAACUUGACUGGUUGCUGUGUGCUAAUUCCUGGUCUGUUUAUAGCCAUAUUAACUGGCAGUGGGGUAUGUGUGUGUGAAUUAUGUUCAUCUUUCAGGAUGGCCUUGCUCAUACCUCAAACCUGUUUCUGUGGCUCAUGAUCCCAAGAAUACGUUGACGGUUCCCAGAAUUCAAGCCCAGUGGUCACACACUUCAUAAGGCCCUUCAUAAGUGAAUACUAUUACAAGUUGGGGGCAAAAGCCUGACUGUGGUCACAGAGCCAAGGCUGCUUUAUUUGGGUCGGGGAGGGAUCCUGAAUAACAUGUUUUGAAAGAGGGCGUGGCUAUAAAGGAUGUGAUGGGGCAUGUCUUCUUCCCUUAUCUCCCCAAAUAAACAUCUCCUCAACCAGU